ACGGAACGGAUAGGUGGGACCGAAGACAGAGGAAAAUAAGUGCUAGUAGCAGUGGGGAAGUCAUCUACAGCACUACACCGGGACCACAAAUUAAUUGACUUGAAAACGUUUUAGGAAGGCAGGACGUCUCCUUUCGUCUCCGUUACUGUCUGCGGAACAAGUGUCACCAGCAACAGACGGUUCUGUUGCAUCAGUUUCGCAGUAGGUGACCCCCACCCCUCCGCCAAAAUCCGGCUGUUAGAUGUGACCACGAGGUUGAUCAGGAGAAGCCACCAUGUCUUAAACACAGAGGGGCCCUCUGGAGCCCUGUCCCCCCAUCCUGGACCACCCUCCCCCUCCCCCAUCCACCACCUUACCCCUUCUCCCAGCCCCAUCCCACUCCCAGACCUCCCUGCUCAUGUGCGGGACAGGCUACCCAGCCAGGGCUCCCCGCUGGCACACCCCUCCCCUCCCUCUGUAGAGAUGAGCCUGCAGAAGCACCAGCAGUUAGGUGGUGGCAGUGGUGGGGUGAUGGGCUCCGACCGGGACCUUCAGUCCACUGCUUCCUCCAUCUCCCUGCCCUCUGUGAAGAAGGCCCCUAAAAAGAGGCGCCUCUCCUUGGCCUCUCUUUUUCGCCGAAGAGGUCGGGAGUCCAAAUCAGGGCGCCAGCGGUCCCGGGAGCUCCAACACCCUGGACCUGGAGGGCUCGGAGGAGUGGAUGGCAUCGCCAGCAUCGAGAGCAUCCACUCUGAGAUGUGUAAUGACAAGAACACUGCCUUCUUCUCCGUGGCUGGGACCGGAGCUGCCUCUGCUGCUGCUGCCUCCACCUCAUCUGCCUCAGGGCCUUCCUCCUCUACCACCUCCUCCUCCUCCUCUAAGGUGGGGGGUGGGGUGGGAGGAGAGCUACUGGAGUGCCCGCUGUGCCUUCUGCGCCACUCCAGGGAGAGCUUCCCUGACAUCAUGACCUGUCACCACCGUUCCUGUAUCGAUUGCCUACGCCAGUACCUGCGCAUUGAGAUCUCAGAGUCGCGUGUCAACAUCAGCUGCCCCGAGUGCUCAGAGCGCUUCAACCCGCACGACAUCCGCAUGAUCCUGGGUGACCGGGCACUCAUGGAGAAAUACGAGGAAUUCAUGUUGAGGAGGUGGCUCGUGGCUGACCCUGACUGCCGCUGGUGCCCUGCGCCGGACUGUGGAUAUGCUGUGAUCGCUUUCGGGUGUGCCAGCUGUCCUAAGAUCACGUGUGGCAGAGAGGGCUGCGGCACAGAGUUCUGUUACCACUGUAAGCAGCUGUGGCAUCCCAACCAGACCUGUGAUGCAGCACGACAGCAGAGAGCCCAGAGCCUCCGCCUCCGGACGGUCCGCUCGUCCUCCCUCAGCUACAGCCAAGAGAGCGGAGCUGCAGCUGACGACAUAAAGCCAUGUCCACGCUGUGCUGCUUACAUCAUCAAGAUGAAUGACGGCAGCUGUAACCACAUGACCUGCGCCGUCUGCGGCUGCGAGUUCUGCUGGCUCUGCAUGAAGGAGAUCUCAGACCUGCACUACCUGAGUCCGUCAGGCUGUACUUUUUGGGGAAAGAAGCCAUGGAGCAGGAAGAAGAAGAUUCUCUGGCAACUGGGAACACUUGUUGGCGCCCCAGUCGGCAUCGCACUCAUCGCUGGCAUAGCUAUCCCCGCCAUGAUUAUUGGCAUCCCUGUGUAUGUGGGAAGGAAGAUCCAUAACCGCUAUGAAGGCAAAGAUAUCUCCAACCACAAGAGGAACCUGGUGAUCGCUGGUGGAGUGACUCUCUCUGUCAUCGUGUCUCCAGUGGUGGCUGCAGUCACUGUCGGCAUUGGAGUUCCAAUCAUGCUGGCUUACGUCUACGGUGUGGUGCCCAUCUCGCUGUGCCGGAGCGGAGGUUGUGGUGUCUCAGCUGGGAAUGGCAAAGGAGUUCGCAUAGAGUUUGACGACGAGAAUGACAUGAAUGUUGGCAGCGGGGCAGCUGCCACCGAUACCACAUCAGUGGCAGACACCAGGAACAACCCCAGUAUAGGUGAAGGCAGUGUUGGGGGCCUGACAGGCAGCCUGAGUGCCAGCGGCAGCCACAUGGACCGUCUGGGGGCUAUCAGGGACAACCUGAGUGAGACAGCGUCCACUAUGGCCCUGGCUGGAGCCAGCAUCACCGGCAGCCUCUCUGGCAGCGCCAUGGUCAAUUACCUAAACAGGCUGGAGGUGCAGGCUGAUGUGCAGAAGGAGCGCUGCAGCCUGAGCGGCGAGUCUGGCACCGUCAGCCUGGGCACAAUCAGCGACAACGCUAGCACCAAAGCAAUGGCUGGAUCCAUUCUUAACGCCUACAUGCCCCUCGACAGAGAUGGGAACAGUAUGGAGGUCCAGGUUGACAUUGAAUCCAAACCGGGCAAACUGCGGCACCACAGCGGCAGCAGCAGCGUCGACGACGGCAGCCAAGUCGGCCGCUGCGGCUGGACCUGCCCCUCCAACGGCUGCACCUCCUCAGAAGGCAGAGGAACCUCCAAUAAGUGGGCCAAAGAGGCCUCCUGCUCAUCCUCCUCCAGCUCGGGCGGCAAAAAGAGCAAAGGCAAGCUGCGCAAGAAAGGCGGUGGAGGCACCAAGAUCAACGAGACGCGGGAGGACAUGGACGCUCAGCUGCUGGAGCAGCGCAGCACCAACUCCUCAGAGUUCGACUCCCCCUCACUGAGCGGCAGCCUGCCCUCCGUGGCCGACUCUCACUCCAGCCACUUCUCCGAGUUCAGCUGCUCCGACCUGGAGAGCAUGAAGACAUCCUGUAGCCACGGCUCCGGUGGAGGCGACUACCACACGCGCUUCGCCACAGUCAGCCCCUUACCCGAGGUGGAGAACGACCGCCUGGAGACGUGCCCCGCGUCAUCAUCCUCCUCACAGGGACAAGCAGCUGUGAUCACCCCCCAGUCCCCUACCUCCACCUCCUCCUCCCUGGGCCACGGUGCAGAGCUCUCCCCUCUAUGCUUCAUCACAGAGGAGAAUGUCAACCUGGUGUGCCCUGCUGAGCUGGACUCUCUCAGUAACACCAGAGAGCUGCUGAAAGAAACCAACAACAACCACCACCAACCCCAACACCCGCCCCAAACCCAGCAGCAGCCCAAGAACUCCUGUAUACAGACUGACAUCUGAAAAAUCUCAAUACCUUAAGUGCUGCACAGACGCUCUUUUUAGUUAACAUCUCCUCCACUCAACUAACAACCACAAGCUUACAGUUUAACCUGCAUUUUCUGUUCUUCCCUUGCAAAGGGAACGUGUUAUUUUGGGAUUUAUGUCCUUCAUAAAAAGCAACGCUGAGUAAAA